GUGCUGUGCUGUGCCAGUGUUGGUUGGAUGAGGCUGUUUGGUUUGGACCAACGAUCUCAUAGCGUCUGCUCGAAGAUAUUUGGUUUGGACGCGGCGACGAUGAGCGGGGACCGGGCGGUUCGGUUCCUGCACCGAGCGCUCCGGCAUCACGAUGCACGAUCCUUGGAGAAGUGGUUGAAGCGAGAAGACCCCAACCUGGCCUUGCCGGAUGGGACCGCAGUCUUGCACCUCGCCUGUGGGCAGGACACGGAGGCUGCACUCUGGUGUGUGAAGCUGCUCCUGCAGCAGGGUGCAGACCCCAACGUCAGAUCGUCUGAGGAUCUCACUCCGCUACAUGUCGCUGCCUCCUGGGGGUGCAUCAAAUGCGUGAAACUGUUGCUUAAAAACGGAGCAGACCCGACGCUCGUGGACCAGGACGGGCAGAGCGCCGUUGACUUGGCCCGGGAACACGGACACGUGAGGUGCUGCCAGCUUCUGCUGCAGUACCGCGACUACACUGUGCUGGAGGACACGUGGGAAGAUGGUCCCGUCUUGCAAUACGUGGGCUUCCGGAGAGUGAGUAGCGGUCUGCACUCCUUUGCUGUUGGUGCCCAGAGUCGUGUCACCGACGCCCACAGGACCACCGGCCUCCCCAGAGGACGAGAGGAAUCUCCCACAGCCAGAGGAACGCGGCACUUCCUGGCCGGCAGUGAGUGGGAGGUGGUGCCCAGCUCCCCUGGACGCGGGCAGGGAGCGAGGAGCAGCUCGGCGGGUGACCCGUUGGGAGAGGUCACGUCAGUCUGGUCCCGGGGUGUAUCGGCAGCGGCAGAGUCACAGAGUUCGUGCAACCCCGCCGACAGUCCUGGGGGUGGGGACGAAGACAGAUGUGUGGGUGAAGCCAGCGAACCUCUGCCAGAGAGCUGUGUGUUGUCCAGUACACGCCUCUCCAACGCCGGGUGCUGUGUAGAGCAGACUUUGAACGGAUUGGACUCAACAGCUGACAGAGCGGGAGACCCGACACCAUCCAACCACGACCGUGCUGCAUCUCCCCAGCUCCCUCUGGCUUUGAGCCCUGGACCAGACACUUCAACUGACGAUGAGAGCUUUCUGCCUCCAUCUGCAGCAGGAGCCCCUCACCCUGUGUGCCAGGGGUCCCAUACCUCCAUCUCCCCUCAGUCUGCGAUCAAUGGGUCUGAUACCACCAUCUGCCCUCACCACGACACCCAGCCGCUCCCAGACAAAUGUUUCGGUGACCAGUGCUCUCCGCCCGUGCAGCGCGCUGACCAGUCUAGCUGCGUUGAGUGGCUCUCAGAGUUGGACUGUACCUGUGCUCCGUCUGCGAGAUCCCAAGCCAGCCAGUUACCCUGGAAUCCCCGGCGCAUGGGAUUGUCCGACUCCGAGCUUCGAACGAGGUCGCCCAGGGGUGAUGACACCGAUGGGACCUCCCCAGACUAUACCCGAGGGCAUUUCUUACUUGACCAGGACAAAACGAACAAGGCCGGUUUGGGCUGUGCUAAUGCCCCAGAUAAUGACAACUCGUCCCUCGGCCUCCAGGAGGGGGCUGGUUGCUCGGGGAGCUCUGAUCUCACCUAUUGCAGCUGUGACAGUGGGUGUGAGGUGUUUGCCAGCGCGAUGGUAAGCUUCAGCCGCAGCUACCGGCCGCAGCCUGACCAGGAACAUUCAGCGAUGCCGCCGGACACGGGCUGCCCCUCAGCACCAGACGCUCACUGCGACGCAUCCGCCUUGCGGUGCCCACGUCAAACAGUAUCGGACCGGCCCCAUCCCCAGCCUGGCCGUGAAACUCCGCAGGAUUGCCUGGGCUCCGAGCAGAUCCCUCAGUUCGGGGAAGGCGGGGCGAUUGGGGAGAGGUCCGGAGACAUCCCUUGGACAGAAGGUCUCACACAACCCGUGUGCGGUCUGAAGCCCCUGGCAUGGCCUGGCACUGCUGGACUCUUGCCUGGCGCCCAGUCCGACCAUGGCAGGAGUAGUCAAGCCGGGGGACCCGCCCUCAACCACAGCGGUCCGUAUCGGGAUAGGUCAAUGCCGGUCGGGGAACUCCCAUUAACGCCCGACGGUGAAGGUGGAUGGGACUCGGUAAUGGCAGCCAAGAGCACCGAGGACCAGGGUCCCAAACAGGAGGAUGGUUCAGUGGCAGGUCAGGUGGAAGACCAAGCUUGUCCACGAUCCUCGAUACAUCCCAACCGUUCAUCUCCUGGGGAAGGUGUAGGUGACCCUGGUUCUGAGAGGAGGUCCAAGGAGGUCAGGUCUCUGGAGGGAGGGUCGUCACUGGGGCACGAGGGGCAGCUGUCUCCUUUUGUCACCCUCCGCAACAAGAGACGCUUGGCCAACCGGGGGCGGCAGACCCCUGAGUCCUCCCUCUUCGACCAGAGUGUUCCCAUGGCGACCCGGACUAGGAGGAUCCGCACCCGGCCCGAGAGGGGGGGUGGGGGUCUGUCCGGCUACUCCAGCCCCCAGCGCGACACGUCGGGGACCGGCGGAGACGGGGAACGUUCACCCCCACUCGCCAGCUCCUCCUCCGGAGAUGACGCGGACUUCGACACCGUCCCGUUUCUCCGGGGUGAGGGGGCAGCGAGGGGCCGGGGGUCGGCUAGUUUUGACACCGUCCCGUUUGUCUGGGGCAGGGGUGAGGGGUUAGCUGGCACUGCCCAAGGUCAGGCAGAGUUGAGCCGGAACACGAGGUCGACUAGUGGUGUCGGGGGUCCCAGCGGUGCGAUGGACUGGGGCGGGGGGUUAGCUGACCCUGUCCAGGGUCAGAGGGCAGAGUUGGGCCAGGGCAGUGGGGUAUCCGCUUUUGUCCAGGGUCAAAGUGAGGGGUCAGAGAUGAGCCGGGACACGGGGUGGACUGGACCUGUCGAGCGUUACGGUCAAGGGGCAAGGUUGGGCAGGGAUGAGGAGUUAGCAGCCCAGGGGCAAGGGGUGGGGUUGGGCCGGGGCAGUGGGGUCGCUGGUCCUGCCCAGGGCCAGAUUCAGGGGGUGGAGUCCUACCAGUUUGUGGCAUCAACUGGUUCUGCCACAGUCCCGCCCGGUGAGGUGGGUCCCGUGGAGAGGGGAUUUGGAGCCUUGUCGCCGUCGUACACUGAGAGUGCCGGUGGUAAUGGCCGGGCUGGGACGCCAGUGCUCUCUAACCCCGGGAAACCCGAUGGGUGUCUGAGGGUGCCAGCGUUCCCCAGGCCGCUCGGCGAUCCGACCCAGGGUGGCAGCAAGGCCAGCGGCUCUGGGCCGAAGGGGUUCGAGACCCAGUCGGAGGGUGGGACUGAGGGUUACCGCCCCCGGUCAUGCAGCCCUUCCCCACGGCCGCUCGCGAGCCGUGUCCUGAGUGGGGGGCUGGAAUGGCAGAGACCGCAGGGACCCCCGAGGCAGCCUCCCGUCCACGUGUCGCUCAGCGGCGAUGUGAGCGAGGCGGUGGAGUACCUAUAUACGGACACGGAGGGCAGCCACGGCCUGAUUGAGUGCUGCUACCCCAGCCGAGAGCCUAGCCUCUGCCACCCCCAUGCCCUUGAACUCAGCCUCUGCCACCCUUCUACCCCCGAGACCAGCCAAUCCCGCCACCCUGCCUCCGACUCCGAAACCACCCUGGUCUAUGACUGGAGGAGCUACCGGAGCAGCCGGGGUGGUCCCGGGGGCAAGGAGAACGUCCAGCCCAGUGAUCUGCUUCCAAGCCAGACCAGUUCAAACGACCGGCAUCCGAGAAGGACCAGUCCGAGCGGCGUCUGUUCAAGUGACUCCAGUCCAGGGAGCCCGUGUCAGAGCGACCCCUGUCCAAAUGGCGUGAGUCAGAGCCAGUCGAGUCCAAGUGCCCAGCCUCCAAGGAACACCAACCCGAGCGGCCCGUGUCCAGCCCUGGCCGAGGUGUCGCCGCGGUUGCUGCUCCUCUCCAACAGCCAGAUCCUACAGCAGUUACGGGAAUGCGGCCAUGAUCCCGGGCCCGUCACCGACCGCACCAGGGCCGUCUACUUGCUGCGUCUGCACCGGGCACGGAGGGAACCCCGGCGACUGCCAGCACCAGGCUACAGUCCUGAGCUGGCUCGGAGUUUGGACAAGUACCAGUUCCCGGACUGCAGUCAGGAUGAAAUGGCUUUAGUGCAGCAAUUUGACCAGCCCGAUCCAAGUCGCAAGUGGCGGGAGGGUCUGGUCAAGUCCAGCUUCAACUACCUUCUGCUGGACCCCAGGGUAACGAGGAACCUGCCCGUCCGCUGUCUCUCGCUGGGCUCCGCCGAGUGUUUCCGCACGUUUGUCAGCGCCAUCUUUUACGUGGGCAAAGGCAAGCGGGCACGGCCAUACUGCCACCUGUAUGAAGCACUGACUCACUUCAAACAGGGUAGUCGGAAGAUGAACAGCCGGCUGCAGCACAUCGUGGAGAUCUGGGGCUCGGGCUGCGGCGUCAUCUCUCUCCACUGUUUCCAGGGUGUGAUCCCGGCCGAGGCCUACACCCGUGAGGCGUGCAUGGUGGAUGCGCUGGGCCUGGAGAUGCUGACCAACAGGAAGCGGGGCAACUACUACGGCGUGGCCACCACCUGGUCACAGCGGCGCCGGCGGCAGCUCGGGGUACUCAUGCUGCGGAGAGCCAUGGACAUCUUCCUGGCCGAGGGCGAGAGGCAGCUCCGGCCCGCCGACGUCUAGACCCGGACAGGGAAGUGGGGGGGGGGGGGGUGUCGGCGGGCUGGAGCUGCCUCUCGCUGCGGCCCGGCCCCUUUCACCAGGGCUAUGUGUGACUAGGGGCAGAGGGACAGCGCUCCUGCAUUUCCUGCCGAUUUCCAUCACUAGUGCCCAUUCUUCCCGGGCCUGCGGAUUCCGAGACCCCAUCCCACCGUGCGUGUGGAAGUUUUAACGUUUUUAUAGUUUUAUAUUGUUUUUAAACACUCACCCUAUUUACUCCCUGGAGGGGUAGGUGGGUCUGGUGCUGAUGGAGGCGGCCUGGGUAGAACAACAACACACUUCCCCCAGACCGGGCGUACCCGAUGCAGUGGCGCCAUCGCCAUGACUUCUCCUGUUUCUCUGCCUUCCUCUACCUCACAGCGCCAGAGACCCAGGUUCGAUCCUGACCUCGGCUGCUCUCUGUGUGUGGGGGCUUCCUCCCAUAUCACAAAGAAAUGCAGGUUUGUAGGUUAAUUGGCUGAUGUAAAAUUUUCCCUCGUGUGUAGGAAAUGGAUGAGAAAGUGGAAUAAAAUUGAACUAAUGGUGAUCGAUGGUUGGCAUGGACUUGGUGGGCCGAAGGGCCUGUUUCUAUGGAUGACGAGUGAUGGAGCUGUGCUCACUCCAGGCCAUGUUAAAGUUUGUGAGCGGCACUGUUAAACUAAAGUUAUGAUUUAUUUUUCAAAUGUGUUGUCAUUUUGAGAAAGCAACAGACUGCGGUGUUAACGUCGGUGUCUGCCCAUGUUCGCUGUUGGCCGUGAGUUUCUGGGCAGGUGGCGUGCAACGGGCAGUGCUGCUGCUUCCCUCCCGGUCCGAAUACUGUCUGAUAUUUGACUGUUCUUCCUGUGGUGGGGUGUCUCAAGUCGAUAGAUAUUUUUAAGGUGGAUAUUGAUAGAUUUGUGAUUUGUAAGGAUGUCAGGGGUCACGGUAUGAAGGCAGGAGAAUCGGGUUGAGAAGGAAAGAUAGAUCAGCCAUGAUUGAAUGGCGGGAUAGACUUGAUGGGCAGAAUUACCUCAUUCUGCUCCUAGAACUUAUGAACGUUCGCAGAAUAUUGUGAUUUGGCUGCAGUUUGUCCAGCACACGUGAUAUUUGUUCCGUUGUCCGAUCCUGUUCACCUUCCAGUCAAGCACGUGUCACAAACCGACUGCAGAACAUGUUUCCCGCUUCACUGCACAAUUACCUGCAGUUCUAUAAAGCAAUGCAAUGGAAAUGGUGGAACUUAGGUCUGAACCCCAAUCCACGCGUUGCAACCUAUCACACUCGGAUCUAGCCAGGACCCUCUCCCUGAAAUCUGGAAAGGCUCUUUCAGUUUUUACGCAGUUCAGGCUGUUUGUCCGGCAGUGAUAACCAUGCGUGAUUAAUUAAGGUCCGUGUAAAUGGCAGUGGUUUCAUACCUCCAUCUUUUACCUGAUAUAGACUAAUAGUAAAACUAUUAGUAUGAGAAUUGAGUAUGAGAAUCAAAGUAUGAGAAUCGAGAUGUUCAGGGGGUUUAUACAUACCCUGAUAGAUACCUUGGAGUGAGUUACAUUCUGGCAUUUAAUUGAGGAUAUCCAGGACGAGAGUUUGGGAUAUAGGAUGUGUGGAAAACAACUCUGGUUGCUGGUUUAUACCGAAGGUAGACACAGUGCUGGAGUAACUCAGCAGGCAGGCAGUAUCCCUGGAGAAAGCCUCUCCAGAGAAACUGCCUGACCCGCUGAGUUACUCCAGCACUGUGACUAUCUUAGGAAUAUAGGAUAGCAGGUUCCUGGGUGAAUUAGACACAAAUGUCAUUUGGAAUGGUGUAAAUAUAGAGUGAAUUAUAGUCCUGAAUACGGAGUGUGUUUCCCAUUGGAACU